AUGGUGCCUCCGACAGCGCGUGCUCUCUCGGACUCGUCGGGUGCGACAACUUCUGCGUACAAACUGGAUGAUCAAUUCCCUCAAUCCGAGCAUGUACACAGGAGGUUUUUCAUUGGACCUAUGCCUCAGAAGAUUCUUCCUACACCUGAAGAGUUAAAGAGGCGAAACAAGCGAAAACACUUAUUCACUAGAAUAAGCAACUCGGAUUCAACAGACGAAGAACUAACGCAAAUUAUCAAAGUUCAUGCGCGGAGCUUUUUUAUACGCCAGGGAGGUCGAGAAGAAGACUGGGGCGAGAAUGAAGAACAGAGCACGAGAGAAGAGAUGUAUCGACGUUGGAAGGAAAGCGAAUGGGGAGUCGCCCUGCGUCGCCUUCGAGGACAAUCAGAGUCCAGCAAAAAUGCACCACCCGAUGCUUGGAUUGGAGGAAGCUUCGAGAUUGGAAACUUUGUUGGGAUUAAUAUCAUGGACGAGGCGGAGUCACUUUCCAAAGUUUCGACACAUACCUCGCAGCUUUCUGCGCCUAUCUUUCCUCUUGAAUCUGGACUCGAACCGUUGGGUCGCCCUGGUCAGAGCAGUUUAGCCACCGAGCAACAGACUUUUGUCACGGCUCCGUCAGAGUUCACGGAACUUUCUCAGGUCCAAACUCCGGAACCUACCACCCAAAAUCUCAGCCCCUCGCCCCCAGACGGUGAACAUCAGAAUGCGCGUGGUCCAAGUCCAUCUUCAAGCACAGCUCUCCUCCGUCCAUCUACAUCCCGGAAGAAUGACAUUGAACCUGCACGUCGUUCAAUCAUCAGGCUCCCUUCAUUCUCUCGCAAUGGUGAUUCACCGCACAAAGCCAAGAAGAGCGUCCACUACAACCUUUCUCCCGUUGAAAGCAAUUCGUCUCUCCCUCCAGUAUCCCCCUCAGCAGUUCUAGAACGUACUGGCACUGAUGUUAGUGGUACUAGUGCAGGUGCCAUGAACAUUCCUGCAAUAGAUGAUCAACAAAUUGACUGGGGGGACACUGUAAUGAGAGACAGAAUGUUUGUCAGGAUAUAUUCAACCGAAACAGUCGAUGUAUUUCCUUGUUUCGAUGAAGCGUUGCAUCGUGUCACCCGCGAUCUUAAAUAUGAGGAUUGGGGUGAAUUUCUUAUCGUUUGGCGAAUGGAUCGCAUCGAAAUUUACGAGAAUUAUACAAUCCCCGGCAAAGAAUGGAUCACAGGUCACAAACACCUCUCAUUCAUUAUUCCGUUGAAGUCCUCAAGAACGCGCCUGUCGCUUUAUUCAUUUGUGGAUCUCACAUUCUGCAUAACGUGCAGUCCUACUUUCCGUCGUUUCAACCCCGUGAAAGCAAAGUGGACUAUACAUUCAGCCAAAGAAGGGUCUAACAUAUUCAUCUUUAAACACAAGAGCCGUUCCCGUGCAUUUGAUUGGAUAUGGCAGUUAUGGAGACAUCGCGGGGGAGUCCUGCCUCCAGUGGUCGAGAUCCGCAACCCCCGUUUGGACAGUAAAUUGAAGAUAGAUAUGCCAAACCUGGAUAGUAGCCAAAUAUAUAAGGUCUUCUCAAGGGAGAAUCUUAUCGCACUCAGUGUGCAAUCACUCCGGGCAGUUCCCGAUUGGAAGAAUGUGAUUGAACGUCAACUUGCGGAAGGGGAUGUGCUGCAGCUUUGCUGGCGCCAAGGUUCAUAUUUGGACUGGAUUUGGCUCAAUAAAGACGUAGAUGGACGUCUGAGAGACUGGGAUGUUUUGUGUGGUCUGGCUUUGAAGCAGACGAGUAUUCCUGUGCAUCUAGAACUACGAGUGGCUCAGCACCGUCCCGAAUUCAUCCAUCGAAAAGAUGGCGAGCGACUUUUGGAACCUCCUUCUAUCGAAGGCUACGUUGACCGCAUCAAGCCUAACACGCACGCCAAGCAAGCACUUUAUUUGGCCACACACGACGGCAAUCUGCUUGUCUUAAAUCCAUCUCACGCGCAUCCUCCCACACCUCUAGGAGCCAUUCUUCAACCUGUCGAAGCAGACGCGGGUUAUGCCCAUACACUACGAAAGUCGGAAGUGAAGCGCGGCAUUCAACAGCUAUUAGACGCCAGCGGUAUAGUGGAUCUCAGGUCGAUUCUGAUUGUCAGAAGGGCGGCGCACCCAACGAUGCAACCUAUACAUGAUCACAGGGAAGGAGAAGACGAGGAAGGCUGUCAAGCUCCUAAACUAGUGGUGAUCCAGAGCGAUCAAGAGGAUGUAGGUGGAGAAGAAGGCUUAAACAGAAGUGAGGACAAACGUGACCUGAGGAUGAGGAGGUCAUUUGAAUUGCUCCUCAAGAACGGGCAUAUACUUCGUUUUGAGACAUUCUCGUGUAGGGUAACGAUUGAGUGGGUAGAAAAACUGCAAGCUCUUGUAAGUUACUGGAGAAUGAAACACGGAAACGAUGCCAAAGAAGAGAUGGAGAUUGCUGAAGGAUACCGUCCGUUGGUGACGCCACACAUCUACGCAGAAGCUGAUAGGACAAUCUACGCUGGAUUACCGGUCGACCCGUCAUCCACAUUACCAGCACUUGGCUCCUUGUUCAAUUGGUGUGUGCUAGAGGGGUGCAAGCCUAUUGUCAAGAGCGGGAAAGUUUUCAUGAGGCAAGGGCUCCAUGGACAAUACCGGCUUGUGGAUCUUGUCCUCGUACCCGAACGUCUGAUACAUUUUCGCAUAUCUCCAAAAUCAGUGAUGCACAAUUCUAUUAGGAAGAAGAUAGAUCUCGUAGACGCGUAUGUCUGCUCGGGUUACUUUGCAGCGCAAGUGCUUCCGGCUGGACAGUUCAAUCCCGCUGAGAACAACGUUCCAAGGAGAUACCAGGACGGUUUGGAGACAGACGACCCAGAAGAAGAUAGGCUCUUUGUGAUAUGGUAUCGGAAGACAAUUUCAAGUUCGGAAGAAGGAGAUGGUGCAGGCAUCACUACGGAGACAUCCUCAAAUGUUCCGUCUGCGCAUUUCGGAGCGGCAGAAGCAAAAAUUCUACCGCUCAGCGCGAAAAGGAAAUUCGCCAUAUUUCGAACGAGGAGCAAGCUCGAACGAGAUGCUUGGUGCUGGGCUCUAAAUACCGCCAUUGAAAAAGCGGUUAGAGUGCGAAAAGGAAGAGAGCGCAAGAUGAGGGAGAGUGGAGGAUUGAUGGAAUUCUGA